CUUUGUUUGUUUUCCAAAAUAUGAAGACUUCCGCCAAGGUUUGAAAUCUUCUAUCCGCCUGUUGAAAUUUCUCGGCCAAAUAUGCGCAUCUGAAUGUCAUAGAUUACUCUUAUUGUGUAAUUGAGGGAUCUGGCGUAAUGUCGGCUGGAAAGCAUUGUAGCCCUCUGGGCAAGAUGGCGAAAAUCAAAAACUAUCUUUACCUUGGAGGGCUAGCUGCGGCGAAAAUGGAAGAUUUGCUCAAGGAAAAUGGAAUAACAUGCGUCAUCAGCGCUGCACUGGAAUCGCCUGAAUUGGCGUAUGAAUCGAUAACUUGCAUAAGGAUAAAGCUAGAAGAUAACCCGACCUGUAACAUCGGAAUAUAUUUUGAUCUAGUGGCCGAUAAAAUUGAAAAGGUUCAACGAGAAGGAGGAAAGGUACUCGUCCACUGCAUUGCAGGAGUAAGCAGAUCAGCAACUUUGGUCUUGGCUUACUUGAUGAAAUAUCAAAAGAUGAAGCUGAUUGAUGCUCAUGCAUAUGUCAAGCAAAAGAGACCUCUUGUCAGACCAAAUGCUGGAUUCUGGAAAUAUCUAGUUGAGUAUGAGAAGAAGCUGUUUCAGAAGAACUCUAUCAGUAUGGUGGAAUCCAAAUUUGGUUUGAUACCCAAUAUCUAUAAAGAUGAAACAAACAACUUGGUUUGGUGACAAAUUUAGAAGAUGGUUUUAAAAGCUUGCAAGGAACAGAAGGGCAGAUGAUUAGGGUGUUUCAUAUUGAUUUUGUUCAGAAUUAACCUGGUACCCUUAUCUAAUUAGAGAGGCCAUGCAUGUACUUUUGUGUUUUAAUUUUUUUUCUCAAUUGUUGAUUUGGAGUUGUUUACACUCUCAAGGUUUGCUAGAAAACCAUACCUGUGUUUAGAUUGCAAUGGUCAAAUCUGUACAGUUUCCUGGAUUUGAAACAGUAAAUUACUUAACAGUUCAAAAGCCGCAGCCUUCAGGGCACAUACCGGUAUACUAAUAUACAAGAAGGGGGGGGGGGGGGCACCCAACCACAUCCACACAAGAUGUAGAAAAAAUGCACCUAAGGCAUAUUCAUGUAUGCAUGAGAAUGUGUAUAAAACCAGUUGUACAUGAUAGAGCUUAAUGAAAAUCUAGUGAUACAUUUGUGAUUGGUUGUUCAAUAAUUUUAUUCUGUAUAAUGAAACACUGGUGGCUUAAUAAAUGUGACAUUAGUCCGUUCUUCUUGUAUUUGAUGAACUCUAUUUUUAGAGAGGCAUGAAGUUAUAUUCUGGAGAGGCUGGAAAGGGAAUCAAUGACAGAGGUUGGGUUUAGGAAUGCAUGCAAUUUUCACUUGUGCACAAGGUACGAGUGC